AUGACAGCGGUAAUACAUCCGGCGCACGCAGCAAAAGCGGAGAAGAAACGUGCAAAGUUCGUGGAACUUCUGAUUACCCACGGGAAGGUGCUGCUACAAAAGUCUCAAGGACCUCCUGAGAAGUAUAAAAAGAAGGACACUGGCAAAGAAAUUUGCGUGCAGAUGAUUGUGCAGCACGGAUCAUCCCCCAACAGACAAAACGAUCAUAUUCAGAACAACACCAAAAAAACAAUUUUGGAAGAGCAGCCUCAAUUGAUUCAGGCACAACAAGCUUACACGGUGCGACAACAAGCACAACAAGAUAAACGUCAUGAAAAAGAAAUGGAACUGUUGGUGCUAAAGAAAAAGUUAACGCUGUUGGAGAUACAACAACUAGAAAAUGAAGAACAAUGA